UAAGCUUUGUGUAGGCAUAAGUAUGUUUUAUGGUGUUUCUCUUACGGUUUUACAGCCACAGUUUAUCAGUAUUAUCCGUUUGAAUAAUUUUAAUCAGUUUAUUGAAACAGAUAACCGGUGAAGACUUCGGGAGUAAGUCAUAAUUAAUGCUAAUUGCUUCGAUCAGUUUCUUGUGUUCGGAGAAACAUGUGCAGCAGACACUGGAUUUAAUGAAAUACCAUUGUGUGUGAACUCUGUACACGGACCUAAUAUACUAGUUGCAUAUGUAACAAACAUUUCUUCGUACUCCAAACACUACAGAAAGCAUGCAGUCAUACGAGUAUAUUCUGAAGUCAGUGGUUGUGUGUUAACACCGACGUAUAUUUACAGUGUGCAAUUUUAAGAUAGUCUCCCUAUAUACUUUGGAACAGAUAAAUAUUUUGAAAGUAUACAUUACGCAUUGUUGGAAUAUGUGAAUCCAAAGUGUAGAUGUCUUUUUUGAAACACGAAUCGAUUAACUAGUUUAACUGGAAGGUGUUGGGAAGAAUAUUGUUCCAUCAUUUGACGCUAGAUGGAGAAGUGGAGUGACUGAAGUCGGAUGUAAGACGGGUUAAGAUUAUUUUGGAUUUGGCAUUACGUUCGCGUGGUGGGGGAGGAAGUUGUGCUGUUCGCAAUUCAAAACCCCAAUAUCAGUGCAUUUUGUGUUUCUGUGAGGAAGACAGUGUGAAUGCUGUGGCAGUGGUUACUGCCUAGUGCUGCUACCUGCUGUGAGCUGGAACUCACACAUCAUGAGGUUCCGCUUCUGUGGAGAUUUGGACUGUCCUGACUGGAUUCUUGCUGAGAUAAACACACUUGCUCGCAUGACGUCUGUGAAAAUGAAGCUGGUCUGUCAGCAUGUAACAAGGUCUCUCCUUGGAGAAGACAUGGAUUUUGAGAGAGUUAAGAAGCUUACAGCAGAUGCAAAGUUCGAGUCGGGUGAGGUUAAGGCAAGCGUGGCAGCACUGCUGUUUGUGUUGGCAACCUCAGCUCGCCAUGGUGUGGAUGGGGAGACAUUGGGCAGUGAAUUGCAGCAGCUGGGAUUACCAAGGGAACAUGCGACAGCACUUUGCCGUGUCUACAAUGAUAAUCUGGCGUCUAUCUCCAGCAAACUGCGGGACCAUAGUCUGCGAUUGAGCCAUCUGCAGGAUGUGCAGUGGCGAUUGGACACGGUUGUCGUGGACAAGAAUCUGACGGUAGGGGAGCUACGGCUCAGUCUGCAGGUGAUGGAUCCAAUGUCUGGGACACAGUGCACCCACAACUUCAGCAUGAAUGCACAACAGCUGCACCUUCUGUUGGCAGACUUGAAGCGGGCGUCCAGUCUCAUGGAGCAAUUAUAAUAGUGUCUGACAUCAUUUGUGUAGGGGAGAGGCUAAUGGUAUCUAAUGGUAUUAGAUAUGCAUAUUUUCUUAAGUUUUAGUUAUAAAGGCAGAAGAACGGGGAAGUUUUCACUAAGAUGAACUUGCUAAAUGAAAGUCAUUUUCUCAGAACUCCAUCAUGGAUGCAAAGACUUGUCUUGAUUGGCCAGUCAGUAAAGUGAUGUACUGUGUGCUGGACUGUCAGGGUUCAGGAAGGGGUAAGGGUAGUUCUCUUUACCUUCAUGACAAAAUGACUUGGCCAGCUUCCUUUAUCCCAAGUUUAUGUGGCUGGAGUGUGAAGCUGACUGCUUAUAUCAGUCCAGUGCUGUCUGUCCCAUGUGUCCAUGGAAUGGAUUUUAGACAUGAGAGUAAUUUUGCCUUAUAUUUUCAGUUGACUGAAAAUAUGCUAUGAAAAUCUCAACUGUUUGAGUGUAUGGUAGUUUUAUUUGCAAUACAUUUAUACACGCAAGUAAUGUCUGUGUGUAUUUGUCACCAGUUAGCAGCACUGGCUCAGCAUACAAAAUUAUAUGGCUAGAUGCUGGGCAUAGAUAUUAUCCAUUUGUAUGUUACAUAUGGAGUAAGAAGUUAAUUUGUUAUGUUUCUGUAAUCCAUUGUAACUCUUCCACGUGGUCUCACUCCAAGAAGUGUCACACCCAAUAACCUGUUCCCCCCUGAAGCUCUGUCUUCCAAGUAAGCAGAGAAGGAGGACAGUGAUGGAGGAUGAUAAGCCCAAGGGAAACUUGGGGCAAACUGGGAGUAACCAGGAUAGAAGUUUAAUCUAAAAUUUGUGACAAACAUUUGUUGUAAAUUGCUAUGUACUCAGACAUUUUCCUUCAUCCUCCUCUCCUGGCUAAAAACACAUUUCAGAAGCUGGAUUUACUUCCAUCAUCUGGUAUAAGAAUAAAACCAAAUAUUUUGGUCCAUUGGAAAGAGAUUAGCUCCUUCUAGGCAAAUCUUUACAUUAUCUAUAUCCCAUUGGUCAUUAUAAUUUCUGAGGAAUUCUCCAGAUAAGGUCUACCUUUUGAGGUCAUCUGCAAAAGAAAUUGUCUGGAUGUUGUGUAUGUGUGUGCAUGGGCAUGAGCGUCUGUGGGCGCAGAGUAACAUGUAUGAGGCACUGUAGAAGCAUGCUCCAGAGAGACUGGGCCACUUAGAGAUUCAAGGAAGCAUCUAUAAACUUGUGUGAAUGGUACCUGUCUUUUGUGAUACUGAGGCUGAUUUAGCAUCUGCUUAAUUGUAGAUGAUAUGUAAUUUUAAAUUGAAGUUUGCAUUUCUGAGAAGAUAUUUCUAAACAAUGUCCUUGUAGUGUAAUGCAUAUUACUGUAAUUUGUGUGCCCUUUGUUAGGUUGGAAUAAUUAUCAGCAUACAUCACCACAAAUCAUCAAGUACUGUCCUCAGCCAAAUUCAGCACACUUUCUUUUUUCUCUUCAGAAUGGUGUGAUUCAGAGAAGAAAUAUCUGAACUGCAUGAAGCAUA